GAGAGAGAAAGGAAUGAAGGGGUGAGAACUGUAGAGAGAACGAGAGAGAGAGAGAGAGUGCUGUGUCACACAAAUCCGUGUGCUUCAUGCGGUUGACCGGUCUGGAGACAUUCACCGUUGCACCUAUUUAGAAAAGACCUGUUGGCCAGAGAUGGCUUCUGUCCAUCCAAGUGUGCUCCUACUGGCUCUUCUGGUCUGUGGUCUUCACUGCGUACACAGUGGUCGAGUGCUGGUCAUCCCGGGAGAGUACAGCCACUGGCAGAACAUGCGGGUCAUUGUGGAGGAGCUCGUGGAGCGCAACCAUAGUGUGACCGUUUUGGUCAACGCCGCCUCGCCAACAAUCAACCUCACGCGCCAGGAGCGCUUCCGCUUGCAGGUCUUCAACAUCCCCCUGCAGAAGGAGAACAUGACCGCGCUCUGGGAUGACUUUGUGAACCUCUGGAAAUACCAGAUGAACGGAACAGGCUGGCAGGUGCUCUCCAAGACGGCGGACUUGUUGGAGUCCUUCGACUCGUAUAUCUCUGUUGUCUGCAAAGCCUUGGUGGGAAACAAGACUCUCGUGGAGGACCUCAGACGGUCCAGGUACGAGGUGAUCCUAACUGACCCCUUCACGCCCUGUGGGGACCUCAUGGCCGACGCACUGGACGUACCGUUCAUAAUAACGAUGAGGAUGACAUUCGGCUUCAUCUAUGAGAGAAUGUGUGGGCAGAUGCCCACCCUGCCGUCUUUCGUACCCUGCAACCCCAUCUUGGCCACGGACCAGAUGAAUUUCAGGGAGAGGCUGGUUAAUUUUGGGAGCUACCUCAUGCAUUCCGCCAUGUUCUUUCUUCACACAUCUAAGUUCCAAACUAGAGUCUACAGUGAGAUCAAAGGGAAGCCAACAAGCGUGUGUGAGAUGGUGGGUAAAGCUGACCUGUGGUUCAUCCGCGCCCACUGGGUGUGGGAGUACCCGAGACCCUUCCCACCAAACUUCAUCUUUAUUGGAGGUCAUCACUGCAAACCUGCUAAACCACUUCCAACGGAAUUGGAGGAGUUUGUGCAGAGCUCAGGUGAUGAUGGUGUUGUUGUGUUCACAUUUGGAUCAAUGAUCAAGAACCUCACAGAGGAGAGGAGAAACAUGUUUGUGUCGGCUCUUGGACAGAUCCCUCAGAAGGUGGUUUGGGGGUUUGGUGGCGAGAGACCUCCGACUCUUCCUGCCAACAUUAGAAUCUACAACUGGAUCCCUCAGAAGGAUUUGCUGGGACAUCCAAAAACAAAAGCCUUCAUAUCCCACGGAGGUUCCAACGGACUAUAUGAAGCCAUCUACCAUGGGGUCCCACUUCUGGGUGUUCCUCUGUUUGCUGACCAACCCGACAACAUCUUCAUCUUGGAAAAGAAAGGAGCUGCCAUCAUGCUAGAUUUCUACAACAUGAACUCAGAUGACCUGGUGAAAGGCCUCCGUGCUGUGAUAAACGACCCAUCGUACAAGGAGAACAUGAUGAGGCUGUCACGCCUCCAUCAUGAUCAGCCAAUGAAACCUCUGGACCGGGCAGUGUUCUGGACCGAGUUUGUGAUGCGCAAUAAAGGAGCCAAGCACCUGCGAGUGCAGGCCCACAACCUCAGCUGGGUUCAGUACUACUGCAUGGACGUGGCGCUCUUCCUGGUCUCCGUGGCUGGGCUGUUUGGCUGGCUGACCUUUAAGACGUGCAGACUGUGUAUCCGUGCGUGCGGCCAGAAGAGUCACAGGAAGAGGAAAGCUGAGUGACAGCACCCGUUAGGGCUUCCCAGAGCAUUCAACUGAAAUCACAAGGAAAACAGGUAGUGGCUCAGUAUUACACACAUCUGUGUAUAUAUGAGUAGAUGCAGUUUACAUAUUUUUUACCUCAGUGCUAAAUACUGUCAUAUUAUAGCCCAACAAUGUUAUAGUAUUCCAUGUGGAGUAGCAGCAUCCUAAUGCAUUAUAAAUACCACAAAAUAGUUAAAGGUGCGCCAAACGAUGUUAUGCGGUUUCUAAGCUAAAACAUUUUUUGUCACAUUCAGCAAACACCACCUCACCAUCUGUAAGCUACCUGUACCCUGAGUACUCUGUAAAACAUAGGGUCUCUGUGGACAGCCCAGCCUCCAAACAUGCCAGC